UGCAGAAAGAAACAGCACCAAAAACCACUUCAGUUGACUAAUCCAUCCUGCUGUAUUCGAUUCAAACAAUAUGUUCAAAAUUCUGUUUUGCGUAGCGUUAGUAUGGUUCAAUUCAUUGCAGAUCACAUCGGGUACCGAGAGCGUUUGGUUUGAUGAUCUCGAUGGGCCCAAGUUCCUGACAGAAGAAGAGGGACAAAUUUACGACGUUGACCAGCCUGAAUUCGACGAUGACUCCACCAUUACAAAGAGAGUGGCCGCUGAUGAAUACGUUACCACAGUUUCAUCGAAAAAUACGGAAAUGUUUUGCAAAGUAGCUGCACACUCACAAGGAAUUACUACAACCAAAUGGAACCCAACUAAGCCAACCCAUACACUUUCCUUUUAUCGUUUUGAAUGUCGACCCUUUCCUACCAUGGUUGAACUGGAAAGGCCAGCAAACGAAGAUUACUUACCGCAUACGGUCGUACUCCACCGGUGCCUCGGUGGAUGUGUAACGACUCAACAGGUCCAAAACUGCACAGUUAAACGCCAGGAAGAGGUCGUGUUACAGGUCUUGCAUAGGUUAGACCAUAAUAAGGUUUUCAAACCUUUGAAAAUCACCGUUUACAAUCAUACAGAGUGCGCCUGUGACUGCAUUACGCGCCAGUCGGAGUGUGACGUCAAAAUCCACAACUUCACCCAGGACCAGUGCAAGUGCAAAUGCAAACAGGACAAUAGCAGCUCGUGCGACCCAGCCAAAAUGUUCUGGAAUGAGAAAAUCUGCCACUGUGAGUGCAACUCCGCACCCAAAUUCUGCGACAAAUCUCCAAACCAUGAAUGGAAUGCUGGCAUUUGCGACUGUGACUGCAAGCAGAGAGUCAAAGAACGAUGCAUCAGAAAAGGGAAAGUGCUGAACACAAACACGUGCGAAUGUGAGUGUCCGACGCAGAGGUCAACAUGCCCUCCAGGCGAAUCAUUCCUGAAGUAUAACUGUACCUGCGUGCCAAACUCGGUCGUUACCAAAUGAAGAUCUCCAAGUGAUCAUGAAGUUAGUUUGAAUAAAAAAAUGGCAUGUUUUGAAUUGGUGAAGGGUUAUAAAGGAAAUAUUAGUCAGUGGAAUAUAUCAAAUACUUCUUAUUGUCUCAUUAGUUUCGUAAAGAAUAUAUGCAAUGCGUUAUAUAAGGUGCUCUUUCAGGAUCUUACUCUGCGAUCGAGUUGUGUUAAGAAAACAUCGAAAGAUGAAGACUGUUCAUUAAAGUAAAGUUAAUUACCGUUA